GUCCGAUAUAUGUGGUAAUUGGCGCGCAUAGUGAGUGGCAUCGUCUCCUCUUCACCUAGUAGUAGCUGCCUGUGUUUGCAGCCCUUGCAAUCACCUCGUCUGCCCGACCUUCGAUAUAGCCAAGUGAGCUUCGGCACCCUCAGAAUGUUCGCCAACUGAUUCUUGCCUGUGCAUCCCUGCAGCAUGUCUGACAUCGUGCUAGACAAGGGCACCACGACACGAGCCUCGAGCGUCAAAAUAACCUCACAGCAUACGGUCUCUUGCGCGCACGAGGAGACCUUGAAAGGUCUUCCGUCACCCUUUCCACUCGGUCCCUUCGAUCAGUUAGCUGUUCACUAUCUCCCCGUCACCGUCAUCUUCGUCUACGAUAUCACACGUUCUGGUGACAAUGACCCGAUUUCGUCGCCACGCCUGCAACAAGCCUUCAGUCGUUUAUUGGACUACUACCCGCAUCUCACCGGACGCAGACGCAUCGAUCCUACUGAUGGGACCGUUGCAAUCGACCGCUUGGGCUCUGGCGCUGCGCUGUAUACCGCCGAGUGCGACGCGCCCUUGGACUCAUUCCGCACGAAGUCUCCCGAUGGCCGAACCCGACUCGCGAUGUCCGACCUUCCUGGCUCCGGCGUGCAGCUGCUCGCUGCGUCGCAGUCGAUGCUCGAGGGCGCACCCGACGAUCCCCUGCUCAUCGUUCAGCACACGCGGUUCGCUUGCGGCAGCGUCAGCCUUGGUUUCUGCCUGCAACACAUCGUGUGCGACGUGAAUGGGUGCGUCCAGUUGGCGCGCGAUCUUGCGGAGAUCUAUCGCGGCAUCAGUGUGGUGGAGGCAGCGGGUGGGACGUACUUAGACGUGGUGCUGAAGGAGGCGCCGUGCAUCGAGGCCCACAUCCCGGAGAAGACGCUAGGGUCCUCCCUCGAGCUGGUGAACAACUACGAAGAGGAGACUGGGCACGCAAACGAUGUACCAGCGACUACACCCCCACCUCCGGUCGUUGGCAAGAUUUUGCGCUUCUCCGGCCAAGAGCUCAAGGCGAUCAAAGACGCUGCGACGGAAGAUAAGGGUGGUGAGUGGGUCUCGACAUUCGAGGCUCUCUCAGCGCAUCUAUGGCAGUCCGUGCACUGCGCCCGCGCGAAGCUUGACCCAUCGCGCGUCGAAGGCUCUGGGGAAACGCUGGACACCUGCUCUGACCUCCUCGCGCCUGUCAACUGCCGCUCGCGCCUCAAGCUGCCCGCACGCUACUUCCCCAACGCCAUUCUCUGCCCCAUCGCUCGCCUGCCCUUCCGCACCCUCGAGCACGCGUCUCUCGCAGAGAUCGCGCGCACGCUACAUGAGAUGGUGCAGGGCGUGACGUCGGAGCGCGCCGGGGGUACUCUUCGCCACAUCUUGGCGCAGCCAAACAAGAGCAUCAUCAAGCAUCGCUAUCGGCAUGGCCUCGGAAGCUUCGCGGUCAGCGCAUGGAACAAGGUCGAUAUGUACAGCGUCUCCUUCAGCGACAACACGGAUGGUGAACCCAUCGCCCCGGUGAUAGUGUCGCCUCCGUAUACGCCGAUCAACCUGGUGGACGGAUUGGCGUUCUAUUUACCAACCGAGCUCUCGCAAGGCUCGAAUGACUCUGAUCCCCCGAUAGAUGUUAGUCUUACGCUGCACGCUCCGAUUUGGGAGGUCCUGGACAAGGACCCGAACUUCAGGAAGUUCAGGUCGUGA